CCGUCCGACUUACGACCGACUCCAUAGGCGAAGCGAAGAAAUAUUUUAUUUUUUCUAUUAAGUUAACAUAAAUAAAUGUUAUGUCAACUUUUAUAUUAAAGCAGUUAUUAUAAUAUAUAUUAAUUAUUUGCUGUAAAAUUGUGCGUACAACAAUCCUGUACAACUCUAAAUUAAAUGCUGUCUUUUUUGAACAUCACAAAUAGUUGCAAAAGGAAUAUAUUUUGUCAGUUUCCUCGGAGGAUUUCAAAACAAGACAUGUCAGUUACAACUACUGACUCUAAUUUACAAAGUAGACCUAACAAUUUGAAACGUGAAGCGUCAGAAAUAGGAAGUGAAAGCAACAAUGAAACAUGUGAAAAGAAACCGCUGCUGUCAAAUGUUGUCAAGAUUAAAAGGCGUAAAGUUGCAUUAUUGAUUUCUUAUUUGGGACAGGGCUACUUAGGAUUACAAAGGAAUCCUGGAACAAAAACUAUUGAAGAGGAUCUGCUUUCUGCUUUGCUUAAAGCCGGCUACAUUAACGAAGAGGUGUUUAACGAACCUCAACUGAUUUCUUUCCAAAGAGCUGCCAGAACAGAUAAAGGAGUCUCUGCAAUCAGACAAGUUCUUUCUUUGAAACUUCCCGAAACCUCCUCUGUAGAAGAAAUCAACAAGCAUCUGCCUGAACAAAUACGAGCUAUUGCCAUUCAACGGGUUACUAAGGGAUUCAAUUGCAAGGGGAAUUGUGAUGGCCGCACAUAUUCCUAUACAACUCCUACUUUUGCUUUCUCCCAACAAGGUGAGGAGAUCCACCAGGACUUUAGACUCCCAAAUGAGACCAGAGAACAUAUUGAAAAGGUUCUCAAAAUGUAUGUGGGAACUCACAAUUACCACAAUUUCACCUCUAAAAGGCUACCAACAGAUCCGAGUUCAAAUAGGUAUAUCAUGAAUUUCUCUUGUGGCGAUCCUUUUGUAAAAGAAGACUUGGAAUUUGUAACUCUGAAAGUAAAAGGUCAGAGUUUCAUGUUACAUCAGAUCCGCAAAAUGGUGGGUCUGCUGAUUGCCAUUGUGAGAGGAAUGACCGCAUCAGAGACUCUGGUCAGGUCAUGGGAGAGAGAGAAACUAGAUAUACCCAUCGCGCCUGGCCUGGGUCUGCUAUUGGAGGAGGUACACUAUGACAGAUACAACCAGAGAUAUGGAAGUGAUGGAGUUCAUGAACCCAUUGACUGGAGCAAAUGGAAUCCUAAAAUUGAUGAGUUCAAAGACAAAUUCAUCAUGCCAACUAUUGUGACAACUGAAAAAAAUGAAAAAUCUAUGCUUACGUGGCUUGAUUCGUUGAGUCUGCAUAGUUUUGAUGUGAGAACAGUUCAUAUUCAGUCAGACCUGGACAAAGCCCUGGAACGCAACAAAGACUUACUGGUUCCACCGUCCAACAUAGACGCUCUGUUGGCUGCGGCUCAUGCAGUAGAGGCAGCCUCCUCUAGGUGAUGGCAAGUGUAAGCUUUUGUAAAUCAAUGUCAUUUAUUAAAGAUCUUGUGUAAGUGUGUUUAUUUUUUUACUUUAAGGGGGAGAACAGGUGAUUUAUCAACAUUUUACUUUGCCCUCUAUUUUGCUAAGUCCAAAUUAAAACUGAACAAAAGAAAAUGAAGACUAACUUUGUUCUAACUUUGUUCAAGGAAAGGCUCUAGGCCAGGAUUUUAAUUGUGGAAUAAAGAGGAUAGCAACUAAAUUACUUUAGAAGUACAGAUAGGUCUUAGAUCAUACAGGAGGCACGAAAAACACACAUUUCAAGGUCUGUUUAAAGAGUAUCCGACCUUAUUUUUUAUCUUGUAAUCCAACAACCGCAUUGAGCUGCACUUUGGCGCGUAGAUCAAGGCAACUGUAAAGCAUGUCACGUGACUGGUCACUUGACCUUAACAUGGUGUCAGUUCGUUGUCGGCCGCCAGACAUGGAACUGUGUACGAAGUGUUAGUCGUGUUUGCUGCAAAAUUUGUCCCAAAGAACAUGACUGAUGAAAAAAAAGGAAUUGCUGCUUGAAGUUGAUCGAGACAUGCUAACAUACAAAGCACGGUUCUGUUUGAAAAGCAUUCAGAAUGGCCCAAACUUUCUCAAAACAGUUAUCUUCAGCACCGCAAACAAGAAGGUUAACUUAUAAUAAGACGUGAGUGUAUGGGGAUGAUCCCAAAACCAAGGCGCAGUCUUCUCAAUGGAAACACUCAACGUCGCCGUGGCAAAAAAGCCCGCCAAAUUUGAAGCAAAAUCGUAGUCAUGCUGUUUUUUUCUUCUGUAAUGGAGUAUUUUAUCAUGAGUACACACCUGAGGGACAAAACAUUAAUAAAGAGUACUACUUAAAUGUUCUACGCCGCAUGCGCAAUGUAGUGCAUCGCAAGCUUCCCAAUUUGUGGGCCACGAACUCUUGGUGGCUUCAUUAGGACAAUGCACCAGCGUAUUCUUCCGAUCUUGUUCAAGGCUUCUUGGGAAAACAUCAUUCUUGUGCUACGCCAGGCCCCCUGCUCACCACUUACGGCACCAAGUGACUUCUGGCUGUUCCCUACCAUGAAGAUGUCGCUUAAAGAGACCCUAUUUCAGAGCAGAAAUUAGGUCAUGUAAAAUGUGACAGCUCGUCUGAAGUCCAUUAAGGAGGAAUAGGUCCAGGCUAGUUUCCAAAAGUGGCAGGAAUGCUGGAAAAAGUGUAUGAAGUCCCGAUAGGACUAUUUUCAAGGUU